AUGAGGUCGGAGAUGCUACCUUUCGAGAGGCUUUCCUCGGAAACCUACACGCAUGUGCAGUCACUUGCAUUCGAGUCACGCAAGGUACGAAAGCAGGUCAUCGAUGCAUCCGACUACGAUCUUUACGUCCUCAGAGGUCAACAGGAGGCCGCGUUCCCAUUGGAGUUGACCGAGAUGGGAGACAUCAGCAACAGGCUUCAAGAGGUUCUCGGGGCAUGGGCAUAUAAGGAGCAUGGUGUCGAGUUGGAGCUUGAGAUUGAUAUUGGUGCAUUGUCCGAAGGAAGGAAUACGGGGUGCAUGGUAGAAUGA